UUGUUUGUUUGUCUUUGCAGUUGUUCUUCUAACCCGUUGGGAUCAUGCAUAUCCCCCAUCCUCGCCUCUAAUCUGGGUUUAAAUCAGAAGAAUUGUCCCGGAUUACCCCCUCCGUCCCCGCUGGUUCGGACCCACCGUGGCCAUGCCGACGUCCCAGCCCGGUUCGGAGCCCGAGGAGGAGUUCUGGGUGGACGGGUCCAGGCGGGACGGGACCGUGGAAGAAGUGUACACCCUGGGAGCCGAGCUGGGCAGAGGAGCAACGUCUGUGGUGUACCGCUGUGAGGAGAAGCAGAUGCAGAAGCCCUAUGCUGUCAAAGUGCUCAAGAAAACGAUUGAUAAGAAAAUUGUGCGCACUGAGAUCGGAGUGCUGUUGCGUCUCUCCCACCCAAACAUAAUUGAGCUGAAGGAGAUCUUUGAGACGGACACAGACAUUGCUCUGGUGCUGGAGCUGGUCACAGGAGGAGAGCUGUUUGACCGGAUUGUGGAGCGUGGAUACUACAGUGAACGUGACGCAGCUCAUGUCAUCAAGCAGAUUCUGGAGGCCGUAGCGUACCUCCAUGAGAAUGGCGUUGUGCACCGAGACCUCAAACCAGAGAACCUGCUGUAUGCUGACCUGUCCCUGGACGCUCCACUCAAGAUUGCCGACUUUGGUCUGUCCAAAAUCAUUGACGACCAGGUGACCAUGAAGACAGUGUGUGGGACCCCGGGAUACUGUGCUCCAGAGAUCCUGCGGGGGAACGCCUAUGGGCCUGAGGUGGACAUGUGGUCAGUGGGAGUCAUCCUCUACAUCCUCCUGUGUGGCUUUGAGCCCUUCUUUGACCCUCGGGGGGACCAGUACAUGUAUAGCCGCAUCCUCAACUGUGACUACGAGUUUGUGUCACCCUGGUGGGACGAGGUAUCCCUCAACGCCAAAGAUCUGGUGAGUAAGCUGAUUGUGCUGGACCCUCACAAGCGCCUGAGUGUGCGCGAGGCCUUGCAGCACCCAUGGGUGCUGGGUAAGGCCGCCCGCUUCUCCCACAUGGACACCACCCAAAGGAAGCUGCAGGAGUUCAACGCUCGCCGUAAACUCAAGGCAGCUAUGAAGGCCGUGGUGGCCACCAGUCGGAUGCACGAAGGCUCCAGGCGCCGCACUGACAGCUGUGAGAUCUCCGCUUCUGGGACGUCCCGACAAAGUAGCAUGCAGCAAGACCCGCCCUCAGAGUCUGCAGACCCCGUAGACCCCCCCAAGACCUCAAGCCCGACCACUAACCUCCAACAGGCCACACCCACUGAACCGUCACAGCCGUCAGACGAGGAUACAUCAGAACCAGGUGUUCCCUCUCCACCUCACGGUCCCAAACCUCAGACCGCCAACAGUGACAUCAUCUGCUCUAGCCCCACCCUUAACCCCGCCCCCAUCAGGCCCCCACUAAGAGCCGACGGCAUAAGGCCUGCAUCCGUCAUCCCCAAAAACUUCUUGGUCCAACCACAGAGGAGCCAGUCCGCCAUAGACCCCACCCACAUCACACAGACCACGCCCCCUGCAGCCACGCCUCCCAGUCAAAGCAGUCUCAGUAAUGGCUUGGGCUCAGAAACAGAAGAGGGCAGACAGUAA